AUGACGUCCAAAAACUUUUCGGCCAAAAAGUCAGCAAGAUCGAUCCCUACAUCAGCUUUAGACCAUGAAGGCCACAUACCAAACGAACGUUCUUUCGAAGAUCAACCCGCUAGAGGCUCUAAAUCAAAUCCAAUAGAUUUAUCAGACGAGCAGGAGAGCCAUUCAAUGGGUCCUCAGGCCAGCAGCUCCCACAAAAAGCACCAUCAGACCAGCAUAUCAAGCUCCGACCCCCAUUCAAUUGCGAAAUAUUUUCCCUCGUCCCACUCUCCGACCGCAGAAAUAGUCAACAACAAUACCGCUGCUGCGGGUGGAGCUCAAAAACGAGGAAAAGGAAAGAAUAAAUCAACAGUCGAAGGCUCAGCGGGUCAGGAUCGACCAAAGAAUGAUAGCUCAGCAGCUAAGCCAUUGAACCGUAUGACUAAUUCGCUGAUACAGCAUAUUGAAGGCCAGGACAAGUCUAGUAAGGAGGAAGAUCCGGUACUGCGGGGUGCAGAGAUUGGAUUGAUGGUGGCACUUGAGGAUUCAAAGCAGCGGGUUCAAAUGAUUGAAGAGACUCUGGAAAUACUUCGUCGGGAUUGA